UUUUGCCGGACGACUGUGCCGGACGGAACAGACAACCGAACAAGAUCAUACGUACUACAAUCGUCUGUGAUUCUGCUCUCGGAUGUCAACAACAUUGGAGUAUUUACCUUAGCGUUUUGUGAGCGUUUGGUCGCGCAUUGCUUGGUAUUUUUUGACAGUGUAAUGUAACGUCAGGGAACGCGCAGGAUGGACGGAGAUAUUUCUGAGUUAUCUGGUCCUUCCCUCCCCCUCGCCUGUCUGCGCCUGAUGGUCCCACCACUUCGACUGGUCUCAGCGGCGAUCUGGCAAACCAUCCAGCAGAGAGUCGUGGCUGAUUAUGGGAUGCUCGAGGAGUUUGUGUUCAUGGUCACGGAGAUUGUUCCUGAGCUCCUCACCACGAGACAGAGGGCUGAGCUCAUUUUGGGUCUCAGAGCACGGCUGAUCCUAGAGUUGUGUCGCGCUGAGGCAACUGCUGACCUCCAGAUCAUUCAGCCACAUCUGGACCGAAUGCAGAACCUCAGAUCUCUGUGGAAUGUAGAGACUGAUAAUACAGAUCUGGAAGUGUCUGAUUCUCAUUUUCUUGGCCUGGUACAAAAUCUGCUGAGAGAUCCCGAGGAGAGGGCAAACUUUUUCCAGGAUGUGUUCCCAGAAGAAUUUGGCCCCAUGUAUGACAAAGCAAUACAGACACUGAUGUGGCUGUUUCUCUCCAGACUUGAAAAGCUUCUUCCCACUCAAACCCUACAGCAGAUUGCAUCUCUACUCAGUGAUGCUUCGUCUGUUCUCAAUGAAUGUAUGGAGUCUGUGGCUCAUCGUGAGGAGCUCAAAACUUUGCUGGAGAAUCAAAAAGACCUCAACCAGUUAGAGGACAAUGACUCUUAUGUCGUUGACAGCUGCAUCUUGUCAGCCCUGUGUCUCCCUCCUGUGGAAAGAGUUGUGAUAGUCAAUGAACAAACAGAAACAGAUGCAGAGAGUGGCCUUGUGUAUACAGUCUGCACAGAGAUGGAAGUGGAAUCUGAGGGUAAAGAGAUGUAUGUGGAGGGAACUGAGACCCCAGUGGAAGAUGUGCAAAACCAGUGGUUUGGUGUAAGCAGUGGCAUGAAGUCAGAUGGCGAUGCUGAGUUGGUUACAGACCAAGUUGAAGACAUGGAGCAUGUUGAGAGUGAGAUAGCGGAGAAUGAAGAGGCCGGAGUGAUGGUCAUUGGAGAAGAUGGCAAAGCAAUGCCACUUGAUGGGCUUGUGAAAAGUGCCAAAGAUAACACAGGGAGGAAGGGCAACAGACAGGAAAGAGCAAAGAAACGCUCCACAAGAGCAGUCUUUGAAAUAAGAAGUGGAGAAGGGGAUCCACAAGAGGAUGCAGAGCAUGUCAUCCUUGUGGAGAAGGCUGACAUGUCUUCACAGUCCAGACCAGAGCGAAGGAACCGGGGGCUUAAGAUGAAGAGAUAUCUGUCGCAAAGAAGGAAAACAGUCAAGACACAGGGAGGUACUAGUAGCAGCAGCAGCCCUAAAAAGUUACCCAGAUCCCAAGGAUCAGCCAAGAGCAAUACCAUGGACCAGAGAACCUGCAAAGUAUGUGGCAAGGUGGUUAGUCGCGCCAAAUUCUUACAGCGACACAUGAAUCGGCACUCAACACAGCUGCCUUAUUCCUGUCCUGAAUGUAAAAGGUUUUACAAGACCUCACGUUACUUGCAGCAACAUAAGUGUUCAAGUCAGAGCCCGACAAAACAGAAGAGUGGCAAAAAAGCAAAGGAGCUAGAGACAAGCAAGGAAACAGCAGCUGAAGGAGAGCAGUCAUCCAGCACGGCCCCUGGUGCAGCAUCUGAUGAGGAGUGGCCAUCUGAUGAUAAAAGCCCUGAAGGAGACAAGAAUUCACCAGAAGGUCCCUUCUACUGUCCUCACUGUGGUGCCGAGUUUAAGUGCAAGCAGACUUUUAGGUUCCACUUAAGAAAUAUCUGUUACAACGAGCAGCAGGUCGAUCCCGAGAAAGCAGAGGAUGUUAAGCAGUGUUUCAAAUGCGACGAAUGUGACAAGGCGUUCAAGUACAAGUCAACUCUGGAAUCCCACAAACAAACUCACAACCCACUGUACUGUGAGAUGUGCAUGAAAUUAGUGCGUGACACCGAAGCAUUGGAGUUGCACAAGAUUUCCCACACACCAUUUCAGUGUAACCUGUGUGAUGAGAACUUCCCUGUGUUUAAGGCUCUGCAUAAGCACUACAUUGAUGUUCAUAACCCCAACGGGCCAUUCACUUGCACCCACUGUCUGGCAGUUUUUGAAAGUUUGAAGCGUUUCAUCAGACACGAGUGGAAACACACCGGUCACCAACCGUUUCAAUGCCCUACUUGCACUAAAAGAUUCAGAUCCUACUCUGACCUACUGGAACACCAGAAAAAACACACUAAAGCGUAUCCAUUCCUUUGCUGGGAAUGUGGGAAGAAAUUCAGGCAUAGUGUAACGUUGACCAGGCAUGUAGAGCGUGUACAUAAAUCUGGUAUAACCAUACCUGAGAAACCUGCAUCCAUUUUCAGUUGCUCCCAGUGCUCGAAGACCUUCACAUCCCGGAGAUGCCUUCUGAAACAUGAUAACUACCAUCACAAAGGGUUACGGCACCCAUGCGAGCACUGCGGAAAGGGCUUCUUUGGCAAAGAUGCGCUGGUGAGGCAUACGCUAAUUCAUACGGGUGAAAGGCCAUUCAAGUGUGACGACUGCGAGAAAUCUUUCAGAUCCGCUGCAGAACUGAAGAUACAUAAUCGAUACCAUACCGGAGAAAGACCGUACAAGUGCAGCGUGUGUGAAAAGGCCUUUGUGCAGUCAUGUUUCCUCACCCUGCACAUGCGAACCCAUACCGGGGAGAGGCCGUAUGUUUGUGCUACAUGUGCUAAAGGAUUUUCAAGCUUGCACGGCCUAAAAAGACACAAAAAGCUCGUCCAUGCAUAGUUGAUGUAAAUGUGACGCUUUACUCGUCAUUCCCCCCACAUCCCGAGGAGAUUCUUUUUCCACUUUUCCCAGUCCAGGAAGGUCGGGGCCAGUUGCAGGAUGGCAUUUGAGGAACUUGAAGGGAUUCAAUGUCUUGGGUGUGUGUGUGGGGGGGGGUGCUGGCCAUCAUGUGGAAUUGAGCCCAAGGCCUCCAUCUGAAGUACGGCUUCCUUAAUUGCUAGGUCACCCCAGUGUUUGUCACAGCUAGGUUCGUGGGGAGCUGUAUAAUUGUAUAGUGCAUUAUAAAAUCUUAUCUUGUAUUUUUUACAGAAAAGUUUGCUGUAGUUCUAUUGAAGAUUUGUAUGUAAUGAUAUAAACCAUCUUUCUGAAGUGUACUUUGUUUUGAAUAAAUGGAACCCUUGAUCUCGAGUCUCCUCACAGUUUUAGUCGUGUGUGUGAUAUGAACAUUCAGUAGUAAUAACUCUUUGGUCUAAUGCACAUAUGCAUCUAGAGAGAAGACAAUUCUAUGUAGGUGAAAAUUAAACGAACCAUCUCAUUGUCUUUAACAGUAGACUGGUUUUCACAGCUGCAUUAAGGAAGGUAGCUUCUGCCACUGAUGUCCAUGUUGUAACAUUUGAAAAUAGAAACAGUUUGAACCUGGAAGCAGGAGAAAGGAUAAAGGAAGGACUUGUUUCUGUUUCUAGUGGUGUGAAGUCUGGCUUAUCUGUUGUCACUAUUUAUUUAUUGUUCAUUGAUUUUACUGAAAUGUGAUUGAUGUAUGUGACAUUUCUCAAUUUUUGUUGUCACUAAAUCAACUUGAUUCUGGGUCACAGGAUACUAUUGUUUUACACAGUUGUGACAAACAAAUUCAUAUUCUUUUGCAAGUCGUUACAAAUAUGUAAGCAGUUUCAUUGAUUAAAUUCAAAAUUAAAGGUUUUAAACGCUCAGUCAAUAUAGGGUCCUUGUUUGGUUUUGGAAAUUUUGUAAAUUGCUGGUUCACACAAACCAUUUAUUUCCUCAAGACAGACUGGACAUUUAAAAUGCAGCUCCAGAAUCACUCAGAGGUUAACAAGUUUGGCUUGAAGGCCAAUUGUAUUUAUCAGUAUUUAUAUUUUUAUUUUGAAUUCUGACAGUUGUGAAAAACGCCUCAUACUGUAAUGCAGAGUCUUGCGAGAUGUUUACAGUCUUAACUCAGUGUAUGUUUGCUGUCUAAUGUCUUUAGUUUUAUUCAUCAAACGUUAAGCUCAGCAUAUUCCAAUACUUGUGUUUAUCUUAAUUUCUUUACUGGCUGUUUCCCUUAUUUUACAUUUCAAGAGGCUGUAACUGAAUUCCCACACUGUACUGGCUGAGGACAAAUGCUCACUUCCCAGGGCUUUCCUACAGAAUAAAAAAGCAUUUGUUCUCAUA